UUCAUUCGCAUGUGAUUUGUUAUUCCAAACCUCAUAUAAGACAAUUCCACAUUGUGAAUAUCAAGCAUUCUCAUCAUCUACAAAAACAUCAAACCACUUAAGGUUAUUCAAUAUCCAGCAACAACAGUUGACCUUCAUGCGUUACUAUCCCCAAGCCGCCAACUUCCUCCGCAUUUUGCGCACUUUGUCCACCUUCACACAGAGGCCACGCAUACCGCAACACUCAUCAUUAUCGCCGGGAAACAACCUACUCUUGAAAUUUUCUAUGCCUACGAUUCCCUUUCUCAGCAGCUUUUUCGGUUCAUCCUCCUCAUCAUCUUCCAACAAAAUGCCCGAGAACUACCCCGUCCAAAAGUCCGCCCAUGAGUGGCGUGCGGUUCUCAGCCCUCAACAAUUCCGCAUCCUCCGCGAAAAGGGCACCGAACCCGCCGGCACCGGCGAGUUCGACAAGCACUACCCCUCCGCGGGCGUGUACACCUGCGCCGGCUGCCACGCGCCGCUUUACAAGGCCUCGCACAAGUUCAACUCGGGCUGCGGCUGGCCGGCCUAUUUCAACAGCAUCCCGGGCGCCGUGACGCGGCACGAGGACCGCACCUUUGGCAUGACACGGACCGAGAUCGUGUGCAGCAACUGCGGCGGGCACCUGGGCCACGUGUUUAAGGGAGAAGGGUUCAACACGCCGACGGACGAGCGGCAUUGUGUGAAUAGUAUUUCGUUGACUUUUAGUGAGGAGGAUUCGGCUGCGGGUGCGAAGUAAGGGGGAGGGGGAGGGUAAGUGAGUGAGGUUUGAGUGAUGCGAUAGUUUAGGUAUGUAUGUAUGUAGUGGGAAAGGAAAUAAGAUUGCAGUCAC